ACGGCCACACCCCCGCCCCACAAUGCAGUUCGCGCUGGACAUGGCGGCGGUGUGAGCUGUGUGUUCGGGGCCUGCACAGUGCUAGGAGCCGAACAUGGCGCUCCCCCCGCAGCGACCUCGGGAAUAAGGGCCACAGGAGUCAGCACACCCCAGCCCGGGGCCGCCUCUCUGAGCCCGGACCUCAGGCAGUGCGGUGGCCUCGUCACCAGACGUGGGCAUCCGAACCUUCUGCAGUGACUUGAGAAACACUUAUCCAAUGGUGUGAAAAUAAUCGUGGAAUAAUGGAUGGUCUCUCCAAACCUGUGAACCACGAGUCAAGGAAACCACUGACCCGCACAGGCCGUGGGGAGAAUAGAAGCGUGAGAGUGGUCAACAACCAGAAGCAUAAGCACAGAGGGGAUGGAAAACAAGUGAGGGAUGGCGAUGGCAGCUCUACAAUCAUCGGUAAGAAGGUCAAGGCGGCCGAGCCCUGCGGAGUUAUCGUGGAAGACUCGAAGAUCUGUAAAGAGAACUCAACCAAUUGCACUAGUGGGUCAGUAGACUUGGGACAGGGCCUGCAGGACUUGGGUCACACAAGAGCUAAGAGAUCAUCUCCCCUGCUUGCAGGAAACCUGAAACCAUCCCGAGCUAAUAAGCCAGAGCAAAGUGAUCCAAAAUCCAAAGAUGCUGGAGAGUCCAUUGGGAAUCACGACACUGCCCAUUCCAAAGGUUCUUCGAAAAACUGUCCAGAAAAUGAUUCUGAACAUGUGGUCAGAGAGAGUGUAUGUGCUCAGUCACCUGGAGAUCCACAGACGUCUGCUGCAGUAAGCCCCUCAGAAAACAGUGCUACUACAGAGCCUGCGUCUUUAGAUGGAACAUCAACAGAGGACUCUACUCUAAAAGACCAAGAACUAGGCUUAAAACAAGCAGAGGAUAGACUGCAGAGGGAUUAUAUCCACCGCCUAGAGAAGAGAUCUCCAGACUUCUCCAAUUGCCAGUACCUAUGCAAGCUCUGCUCUGUUCACAUCGAGAACGUCCAAGGAGCUCACAAGCAUAUUAAGGAGAAACGGCACAAAAAGAAUAUCCUGGAGAAGCAGGAGGAGAAUGAAUUGCGCUCUCUUCCCCCUCCUUCAGCAGCGCAGAUUGCAGCUUUGGGUGUGACUCUGGUAAAUGCAGCAAAGGAACAUGGGAUAUCUCAGGAGGACUUCCUGUCCAGGCAGGAAAUUGUUAGCGAGAUGGAGAAAAUCAUCCAGACAAAAUUGGCAGAGUGUUCUCUGAGAAUGUACGGAUCGUCCCUGACUAGAUUUGCAUUUAAAACAAGUGACAUUAACAUAGAUGUAAAGUUUCCACCUAAGAUGAGCCAGCCAGAUGUUUUAAUCCAAGUUCUUGAUAUUCUGAAAAACUGUGCUCACUAUGUGGACGUUGAAUCUGAUUUCCAUGCAAAGGUUCCUGUUGUGUUUUGCAAAGACAAGAAGAGUGGAUUAACAUGCAAAGUUAGUGCCGGAAAUGACACAGCGUGCCUUACUACCGAAUUAUUGGCAGCAGUUGGCAGACUGGAGCCUGUGCUCAUCCCCUUGGUGUUGGCUUUUCGCUACUGGUCGAGGCUAUGCCACAUCGACUGCCAAGCAGAAGGUGGGAUCCCGUCGUACUCUUUUGCCUUAAUGGUGGUAUUUUUUCUACAGAAAAGACAGCCACCAAUCCUUCCAGCAUACUUAGGAUCCUGGGUAGAUGGCUUUGAAACAAAGAGGAUGGAUGACUAUCAUCUAAAGGGUGUAUCUGAAGAGAAGUAUGUUGAAUGGGAGUACAGACUACCCAGCAAUGACGGCAAGAAUUUGGGAAUGGAAGGAAGAGGAAGAGCUGAGAACCACAGGAGGAAUGCAGGAUCUGAAGCUGAGAACAGGAGGAAUAAAGAGAAGCAUGGAAAGUCCCACUUGGUGUUCAAGCAAUCUCACCAGGUAUCUCUUGGGCAGCUGUGGCUGGAGUUACUUAAAUUUUACACCUUGGAGUUUGCAAUGGAAGAAUAUGUGAUCAGUGUGCGAGUAAAGAGCCUGCUAAGCAGGGAACACAAGAACUGGCCAAAGAGACGAAUAGCCAUAGAAGAUCCUUUUGCACUAAAGAGGAAUGUCGCAAGGAGUCUCAACAGCCAGAUGGUAUACGAGUACAUUCUAGAGCGGUUCCGGGCAGCCUACAGAUACUUUGCUUGUCCACAAAGGAGAGAGAGGAAAAAGUCCAAAGCCGACAUCAGGAAAAGGGGAAAGUCUGUCAGCCACACACUUGGCGAUCAUGUGACUAAUGGUGGUUUCCUGGAUGGUGAAAGCGACAGGGGUGAGAUGGACGACUUAGAGACAGAAAGGUGCAAUAGACUAGAUGGUGUUUCUGAGAAAGACAUUGCUGGCAGCAUGGAAAGACUACACGUGAGUGUUGAGGAGGGAGAUCACUCUACCUCUUCUCAGGAGCCAUGCCAUUCGGAUUUGCCUUGUUUGUCGGAGACAGAACAGAGGAUAGAAGCUUUAGGGGAUACAGAAAGCCGAAAAUAUAAUAGAAGAGACUCCCCAGCAGAUACAGAUGAUGAUGAUGUGGAUACUACUGAAGGAAAUUGUGCAUCAGAAUUGGCAUGUUCUUCACUUGACGUGCCUGACACGGGCACCUCUGCUACCUCACUUCAUCACGAAACCUUGAAGAAUGAAGGAAACCUUGCUGAGGAGGAAUUGCAUUAUAUCUUUGAUAAGCUUAUACUUACGUCUGGAAAGCCACCCACAAUAGUCUGCAGCAUCUGCAAGCGCGACGGGCACUCCAAAGAUGACUGUCCUGAGGAUUUCAAGAAGAUCGACCUAAAGCCUCUGCCCAACAUGAACCCCAGGUUUCGGGAUAUACUGGACCGAUUGUGCAGGAGGUGUUAUGAUGAAUUAUCCCCUAGUGCUGCAGAGCAACACAAUCGAGAGCAGAUCCUCAUUUACCUUGAGAGAUUUAUCCGGAAAGAGUUCAACGGUAAUGCCAGGCUGUGCUUGUUUGGAUCCUCUAAGAAUGGAUUUGGGUUUCGAGAUAGCGAUCUUGACAUCUGUAUGACCAUUGAAGGCCAUGAGAAUGCAGAGAAACUAAACUGUAAAGAAAUUAUUGAAGGAUUGGCGAAAGUAUUAAAAAGACAUCCGGGCUUAAAAAAUAUUUUACCAAUAACAACCGCCAAGGUACCGAUCGUGAAGUUUGAGCACAGGGAGAGUGGAGUAGAAGGCGACAUCAGUUUGUAUAACACUUUGGCUCAGCACAACACCCGGAUGCUGGCUACAUAUGCAGCCAUUGACCCAAGAGUGAAAUACCUGGGAUAUACAGUCAAGUACUUUGCCAAGCGCUGUGAUAUAGGUGAUGCAUCAAGAGGGAGUUUGUCUUCCUAUGCUUACAUCCUUAUGGUCCUGUAUUUCCUCCAGCAGAGAAAACCACCCGUCAUACCGGUGCUACAAGAGAUAUACGACGGGCAAGUUAUUCCACAGAGGAUGGUGGAUGGCUGGAAUGCCUUUUUCUUUGAAAACACUGAAGAGUUGAGAAGCCGCUUUCCAUCCCUGGGGCAAAACAAAGAAUCUGUGGGGGAGCUUUGGCUCGGGUUCCUUAGAUUUUACACAGAAGAGUUUGAUUUUAAGGAAUACGUCAUCAGCAUUAGGCAAAAGAAAUUGCUUACCACAUUUGAGAAACAGUGGACGUCUAAGUGCAUCGCCAUUGAAGAUCCAUUUGACCUCAAUCAUAAUCUUGGAGCUGGAGUCUCAAGAAAAAUGACUAAUUUUAUCAUGAAGGCUUUCAUCAAUGGAAGGAAGUUGUUCGGAACCCCAUUCUAUCCACUGCCGGGGCUUGAAGCAGAAUAUUUUUUUGAUUCCAAAGUCCUGACAGACGGGGAGCUGGCUCCUAAUGAUAGAUGCUGUCGGGUGUGUGGGAAGAUCGGCCAUUACAUGAAGGAUUGUCCCAAGCGAAGGAGGCUGAAGAAGAAAGAGAACGAGAAGGAUGAUGAAAAGGACAAUAAAGAGGACGAGCGAGAGCUCAGAGAGAAGAGGUGCUUUACCUGUGGGGAUGUGGGUCAUGUACGAAGGGACUGUCCCGAAAACAAUGCGGCCCGGCAGAAGAACGCGAACAGCAUUCUGGCAUCACAGAUCUUGAGCCUCAUUGUCCCUCAGCCUGUCCUCCCUCCUUUACAACAGAUGGAGCGCCCCACGCGCACACGACAGGCAUCAGAAUCGUCUGAAUCCCAUCACUCAUCAUAUUCACCGCAGCCUCAGCCGUUUCCACAAAACAACAUGGGCCAGACGCAGCCUCAGACAAAGAUAAAGCAGCAGCAGGCACCACCGGUGCAGAAUCCCCAUCAGGUUCAGCGCCCCAUGUUUAACUUCCCCCACUCUCCUCCCACUCCCUUUUCUCCUCUGCACAGCCUUGGGUUACUCCCCCUGCCUACACAGAUCCCCAUUCACAACAACUCUUGGCCCAUCCAUGGGCAGAUAAUUCGCUCUUCUGGGAACCCCCCUCACUCUGGUGGUGUCACCUAUCCGGCCAGAUCUGGCAGCAGCACCGCAACCACUAAUCCAAGUGCAGUUAAUCUGAACGACCCGAGCAUCAUCUUUGCAGGGCCUGCUGCCAGGUCUGUAGGCGUUCCCAACUCCUCUCACGAUGGACAUUGGCACAAUUCUCAGCCUCCCAACUCAGUGGUGAACAAUGGGACUGUGGGCGGCACAGAGCAAGGAUUCCAAGGCCAGUUUGGAAAGCCCUCCCUUCCCUGGGAGCGGGGAACACCUCCUCACUACCCAUUGAUUCCCGGAUCAUGGCCUUACAGCUUACACCAGAAUUUCCUGCAACAGACACCUCCCGGCUUUCAUUCCAAGACCUACUAUCCUCCCGCUCCGUCAUUAAUCCAGAAUGGUCCCCAUUUCCCAGUCUUAUCACAAGGACACCCACACCUGAACUCCAGCUACAUCCAGCAGAAGAAGUAAAAGCAAAACUUUACAAACAUUUUUAAAGAUGUUGUUUUUAGAACUUUUAACAUGUAACAUUUGUAAAUAUAUACGGCCUUAGUUGUACUGGAAUCAUUCCUCUGAGUGAUGCUAAUUUCUUUUAUUUCAUUGCCCCGUUUUGAGGGGAGCCUUGUGUUUUAUCAAAAAGUUAAAUGUUCAAAUGAAGAAAAAAAAAAUUUUUUUUUUAAAGAAAAAAAAAAAACACAAAAACCAAAAUCUGUAAAAUUAAGUUCUUUAUUUUCUAUUUGCUCUAUUCAUAAACUGGCUGCUUCAAGCUCUAUAAAUGUAUAUAUUUUAGUUAUGAACAGAUGAUUUAAAGAGAAAGGAAUGUAAUUUUUUAAAUGUCUUAUUAUUUGAGUCUGAAGCAGGUGCCAAAAUCUUUUAAAAGCUCACGUCUUAUUUUUGGUACCCAUAAAAAAGGCCAUUUUAUCAAUUCUCUGCGUCCCAUGAAGUGUAAAGAUUUUUUUUUCUAAUAAUUAUUAUGAAAAUCCAAGUUGAAGUUAUUUGAUAAGUUGGUUUCUUCAUUUUUAAUAAAAUUAAGAAUACCAAUGAAGUGGUUAACUUUCAUAUGCAUGGGCCGAAUGACGGGGGAAUUAUUUGUGGUGCUGGAAAGCCAGAUUUAGUAUUUUUCAAAGUAGAAAACUUUUUUUUUUUGCCAUCUAUGGAUCAAAAAAAAAAAAAAAAAAAUUUUACUGUGUGAAUAUUACUUGGGGAUAUUUAAAGAAGUACUGCAGUAAAGGACUAUUUAUCUCCUAUCCACAGGAUGGGGGGGGGGGGGGUCUGAUCGCUGGGACCCCUGCACUGCUCUCAGUCUUUCCUUGUGCACCCUCUAGUGAGCUCUAUGGGGAAGGCCAGAGAUACCCUAGCACUGUACUCCUGUAUCUCUGGCUCUCCCAUAAAGAUGAAUGUAGGGCACGUGCGCGAGGAGCGCCGGGCAGGAGAUUGCGGGGGUUCCUACUGGUCAGACCCCUGCGAUCAGACACUUAUUCCCCUAUUCUUUGGAUAGGGGAUAAACUGUCCUUCACUGAAGUACUCCUUUAAUAUGAAUAUAACCUGCUGCAGAAAUCCUGCCAUGUAGGAUGUCAGUUCAUAUGUGCGUAUUUUCUGCUGCAGAUUUGCUUCAGCAGAUUUUAAUGCCCAUUGAAGUCAAUGGGCAGCAACAUCUGCAGCAGAAAAUACCCACGUGUGAAGUACCCUGUGUGUGUUCACGUGAACUCUAUAUGCUGCAGAUUUUCUGCUUUAACUAGUUAUUUAUAUUGAUUUACACAGCAUGAAAUACACAGUGUAUAUGGGACAUAUGAACAUACCCUUACAGUGAGACAAUUUAGACCAGUGGCGUCCAAACUGUGGCCCUCCAGCUAAUGCAAUGCUACAACUCCCAGCAUUCCCUGACAGCCGUAGGCUGUCUGGGCAUGCUGGGAGUUGUAGUUUUGCAACAGCUGGAGGGCCAGUUUGGAGACCAUUUUUCUAGACAAAAGGACUUGCAUAGGAGUGUCUCAAUAUAUCUAAUAAGGUAACCAUCUCCAAACUAUCCCAUUCAUUAGCAUUAAUUUAUAAAAGACAAUCCAUGAUAUGAAGAUAGUCUAUAUAGAAGACUACAGCCAUAGGCUGGGUUCACACAGCGUGAACGCUUGUACAUCCCUGCUAUAUGUCGGCAUGUUGUCAAAAAGGAGAUUUUUUUUUGUACUCACCGUAAAAUCUCUCUUGUAGCCUGGGGGGGGGGGGGCAGACACCUAUACUGAUGGGUAUAUGCUCUUGCCACUAGGAAAAAAAAAGUCAGCUCCUCCCUGACAGGAUGUACCCACCCACUGGAAGUGAGGUAAUCAGUCGUCACACAGCAGUAGGAGAAGCCAUGAAAUAUGUCCAAAAGGACCCUAGAAAAAAAUCUCGGAUAAAAAAUAAUAAUAAUAAUUACCGGAAAAGAAUAUCCGGACAAGAAAUGGGUGGGUGCUGUGUCCCCCAAUGAAGGCUACGAGAAAGAUUUUACAGUGAAUACAAAAAAAAUCUCCUUUUCCUCGGUCGCUCUUCAUUAGGGGACACCUAACUGAUGGGACGUACCAAAAGCAGUCCCCUAGG